GGGCACAGUCUCGGGUAUGGAUUCGUUAAAUACAAAGAUGCCAACGAAGCAGUGAAAGCCCUGCAGACAUUCAACGGAUUGAAGAUACAAAAUAAAGUUAUCAAGGUGUCUCAGGCACGACCCAGCAGCGAAACAAUCAAAGGAGCCAACCUGUAUGUGAGCAACCUGCCAGCUCACGUCAAGUCAUCCGAUUUGAUGGGCUUGUUUGGAAGAUACGGCAACAUCAUAUCGACCAGAAUAUUGUCCGAUCCAGGCACAGGUUUGAGCAAGGGGGUGGCUUUCAUCAGAUUUGAUUUGAGAUCAGAAGCUGAAAGUGCAGUCACUCAGUUGAACGGCAAAGUCGAAUUCGGUUCUCCGAUAACAGUGAAGUUCGCCACACAGCCAGCCAUCGACAGCAGCCGAGUUGUGAAUUUGAUAACAAAUGAAUCGAAGUCACAAACACAUUCCUACAAAUUGUUAGCUUAUUUUUAA